AUGUCUGAUGCCAGUAGCAUAAGCGGCAUGAGCGAAUCCAGUCAGCUGGUGAAUGAACCAGCCAAAGAUGAUGGGAAACUCCGAAGUAAUAUUCCCAUGACUAGCUUUAAUAUGAUCAACUCUAUUAUAGGAUCAGGAGUUAUAGGAGUCCCAUAUGCAUUAAAAAGAGCUGGAAUUGGACUUGGAAUUGUAAUUAUAUUAGUUGCUGCUCUUGCAUCAGACUAUGCUAUUCUACUUCUCAUUGAUGGAGGCAAAUUGUCAGGUGGCUCUACAUAUCAGGAUGUUGUUCAGGCUUCAUUUGGGCGACCAGGAUUCUACAUUUUGACCCUACUACAAUUUCUCUUUCCUUUUAUAUCAAUGGUCAGUUACAACGUGAUUGUAGCUGAUGGAAUCUCUAAAGUCAUUGCUGAACUAACAGGUGCAGAGGGCCUCACAUACGUGGUGCUUGGGAACCGGCAAUUUGUUAUAGCAUUAUCCAUUAUUCUGUUUACACUUCCAUUAUCUCUUUAUAGAAAUAUUGCUUGGCUUAGCAAGUUCCCCAGGAUUUCCACUCUCUCUCUUUCUCUCUUAGAUGGGACUUACAAAGAAACAUUUUCAUGGGCACUUGAGAUCCUCCUCAUUCCACCAACACCAAAUGCCUGGUCAUUUGCAAAUGGACAUUUUACAGAUGCACUUGGAAUAAUAUCCUUUGCUUACGUUUGUCAUCACAACACAUUUAUGAUUCAUAUGUCUCUUGAAAACCCAACCACUGCACGAUGGGGUACUGUCACUCAUGCAAGCAUUGCUGCAGCUACAGUUUUUACUUUACUUUUUGGUGAUUUAUUGGAAAAUUACUGUUAUAAUGACAGUCUUGUCAACGUAGCUCGUAUUGUUUAUACGAUCACCAUCAUGCUAACUUUUCCAGUGGAGUGUUUUGUUUGCAGAGAGGUCGUCCAGAAUUUGUUUCUUGGCCUCACAGAAGAAUUAUGUCUUUGGAAACAUGUGCUACUCACUGCAAUUCUGGUUGGUUUCACUGGCGCUAUCUCCAUGACUACAGAAUGUCUAGGAAUUGUAUUAGCACUCAAUGGCAUAUUGGCAGCAUGUCCACUGGCUUAUAUUUUCCCAUCUAUCUGCGUCAUCAAGCUACGUCCUGACCCUAUUCUGUCUCGAGGAAACAUCUUCCCUGGCCUUGUGGCAAUUUUUGGUUUCCUUAUUUUCAUUGUCGGUUCUAUUAUGGUUGUGGUAGAUUUCAAGGAUGCCACCAAAUGUAACCACGGUGCACAGCUUCCUUAUUGCAAUAUCGUCCCUUCAACCACUACGGUAAAUCUAACAACUACAACCUUAGCUACAACUACUUUAAGCAGCACACCAUUCUUCAACUUGACCACUUGA